AUGUUAGCUGCAGAAAAGAAGCUGGAACCUCCACGGGUUGGAGAGAGGGAAGUAGGACUUUCUAUCAAGCCUUCGGAUAGGAUAGCGGCGUUGGAUGCAGAAUGUAUGCGGUUCGCAGCGUUUAGGAUAGCUGUACGCCGUAUGGUGCCCCCGUGUCCUUCAGUAUGGUACCUCCUGUUGCUCACUCAUGCAUGUUCAUUGGCGCUCAAGCGUGUACAUUUCAGAAAUUGCGAUAGGUGGCAGACUGAGAAAUUAUCAAGGGGGAGGAUGGCCAAUGGAACUUUCAGCGAUGUCGGGACGCACGCGAGGCUAGAAUGUUGUGGAGCGAGUCCUCCAUUCGUAAAUGACUGCAACCAACGAACGCGGGGGUGA